AUGUUUAGAUCCGUCUCACUAGCUUCCUCUGUCCUUACUAUUGGAUUAAUUGCUACACACAAACCCACAGCUAUCAAAAAUGAGUCAUCAUCAUCAAAGAGAAAUUUCUACGAGGAUGAUGCCGAGAUUAUUCCACUUCCUGGGACUGUGGUUCCAGCACCAGCUUCAGAAAUCAAUUCAUUAGGUGAAAAUAGGCUUGUUGAUGGGAUAUCCGUACGAACCACCAAUUCAACUGAAAGUUUUUUCAAAAGUGCAAGGGAAUUCACUUCAGCUAGAAUAAAUGAUUUGUCAAAUUGGGUAAACAAAAGCUACACCAAAUUCAACAACACGGAGAGAUUUGUCACUUCAACGGUCAGUGACUUACAUUAUAAGAAGGAAGAUCUUUUACCAAAUGGUAUAUACGUUAUAGUUGCAGCUUUGGCGGGAACAAUCGCAGCAAGACCUCGUGGAAUGAUAGCUAAAAUCACAUUCCCAGUGGUAACCGGGUUGGCAGCUUUCAAGUACUUUUUACCAGUAACAUUUGACAACACGAGGGAGUUUACAUGGAGAUUGGAGCAAAAAAAUGUUCCACAAAUAGCAAAGCAACAGGCUGAUGCUUACAAUAGUGUUGUUGGAUUGGCUAAGUCAAUCGAAGAUGGUGCAGAGCAUAGUGUCAAGCGUGUAGAAAAUGGAGCACAUUCUAUGAAGCAGUCCAUUGCUAACAUCACUGGACUCAACUUGGAUGAGGAAGUGUCCAAGAAGAAAUAG